UGGUUGGACAAGACUGUACGACUCAAGCAGCUUUCACUGCAUGCGGCGCAGCCAGCGCGGGACCCGGGCGCUAAAACACCAGAUAUAUAUACUUAUCGCAUGCACAAACACGCCGGAGUGCGACUUUAGGCCACAAAACAGCUUUUUCUCGCAAACAUGGCGCUCGAUCGCCUGCUAGCCUUGGUCGCAUGCUUGCCCUGCGGUGCACAUCACCACCGCCAGCCCGACGCCACGCCGCCAUGCGACGAAAAAGCGUCGCUGCUUUCCCAUGAUGUCGCAGUCGCCACAGCCAACGACGUCGUCGCCACUCUACUCACGACUUCAUCGAGCGGCCCCGCGCUGCGCAUGGAGCUCGACUCCAAAGUCGGUGCAUAUGGCUGGCGCCAGCACCUCGCAGAGCUCAUCCUCGACAAGCUCGCGCAGGUCCUGCAAACAGCGCACGAGAAACUCGGUCCCAGCGUCAACUCGGCAUACCAGCGCGCCGUGUCAGCCGUAGCUGAAAUCGAGGGCUUCGUCAUCGAGCACCCAGUCAUCAGCACCGUCGUUGCACUCGGGGUGCUAGCCCUCCUCGCACCAUGGGUUCUCGACGCCCUUGGUUUCGCCGACUUGGGGCCCGCUGCAGGUUCGUUUGCGUCAUGGUGGCAGGCUCGGUAUGCAGGGUACGUGCCCAAAAGGUCGUUGUUUUCCUUUUUCCAGCGCUUGGGCAUGAAGUGGCAUUGGGUGCUGUGAUGGGAGAUUGGCAGUGGAAGAAGCCAAGAAAGAAAGAAAGUUUUUUUUUCUUUUUGGUUCGCUUCGAGAAGAAGAGUCGUCGUGUACGGAGGGAGAUAUCGAUGCGCGACCCACCAGCAACUCUACUCACGCCAGCCCACGUGAUGCGGUCUAGACAGAGGAAGGGUCGAUUAAACUUUCCAUACCAACGAAGAUUUUCAGGCACGAAAAAAGCUUAAUCGAACUCGGGCUUCCUUCCGUUUUGCCCUUGUAUCCGCAUAUUACAUGCAUGGCCAGGAUCGCGGUCGGUGCCAUUACGAGCCUGGCUCAUCCGUCUUGAGACUCUAUUUGUUUAUUUUU